AUGGACUUCUACGCGUUUCUUGUGUUGUUUGUGAUCAUUGUCGCGUUUGUUCUGCUUCUUCCGCUGUUGUCUGGAACUUUCGCAUACAAGUUCCGGAAGCCCGCGGCAAGAGCGGGAAAGACUGAUCACGAACAUCUAUCGAGAACCCAGAAGCUUAAGGAAAAGCUAGAGUUCUCCAAGGACGAGAAUCCAAUCAAAUUUCAGUUGCGUGACAAUGCGAGCACUUCGAGCCGAAACAAGCCAUUCGAGGUCGAUAGUAAAACCGGACUAAAAAAGCGCACCAUCGGCAAAUACAGUGCCGACCCUAACGAGUUUGAUUACGACCUAACCGAGCUGAUCGAGGAGGACGUUCUCGAAGAAAAAAAGGAGAACGAGCUAAGGUAUCAGCAAUUCGCUGGCAGAGAGCAAGAAGAGAGCGAAGCGCUUGUGUGA